AUGACACAAAAUUAUAGCUUAUUACAAAGAGAGCAGAAAUUCGGAAAAUUUUCAGUUUCACAUUUACAGUAGUGUAGACACAAAAUGAAUUUAGAGCACGAAAUAAAACUGUGCGUAAAUGGCACGGAAUACAAAGUCGAUAUAUCUUGCUUGAGUUUGGACACAACUUUAAACACUUACCUCCGAUCAAAAUUAAAUCUCACUGGGACCAAACGAAUGUGUUUAGAAGGAGGUUGUGGGACCUGCAUUGUAGCAGUUCAACGUAAAGAUCACGUUACAAGAAAAAUAAUUACUCAAGCUAUCAAUUCGUGUUUAGUGCCACUUUUCUUGUGUCAUGGCUGGAAUAUCUCAACAAUUGAAGGGCUAACUAACUCAAAAAAUGAUUAUCAUUACUUGCAGAAAGUUUUAGUUGAUUUUAAUGGCAGUCAGUGUGGAUUUUGCUCACCAGGAAUGGUCAUGAAUAUGUAUAGUCUUCUGCAAGAGCAAAAAUUGACAAAAGAGGAAAUUGAAAAUUCCUUUGGGGGUAAUAUUUGUAGAUGUACGGGGUAUCGGCCAAUACUAAGUGCUUUCAAAUCGGUUUGCGACAUUGAGGACCUGAAACUUUGUCCCAAAAUUACCACUAGCAGAAAAUGUGGCCCGUGUUAUUUUAAUUUAGGAAAAACAACUUGGAUUAAAGUUUUUCUUUUUGAUGAUUUAUUGCAAGUUUUGAGGACUUUUCAGAAUUCUACGUACAAGUUAAUUGCAGGAAACACAAGCAUUGGUGUGUAUAAAUGUAAUGAUGAUUAUCAGGUUUAUGUUGAUGUUACGGGUGUUGACGACCUUACCUCUUAUCAAAUAGAAAAUGGUGAUCUUGUCAUGGGUGCUAAUAUGACACUAACAGAAACAAUGAAUUUGUUUGGUAAAAUUUCCCAAGACAAUACAAAUUUUUCGUAUUUAAAAAAAUUAAAAAAACAUAUUGAUUUAAUUGCUAAUGUCCCUGUCAGGAAUUUGGGAACAUUGGCUGGUAAUUUAAUGAUAAAAUAUCAACAUAAUGAAUUUCCGUCCGACAUUUUCCUUAUUUUUGAAACAAUAAAUGCAGUUCUGUUGUUAGUUGAUACCGACAAAAUGGAAAGCAAAAUAUUCUUAAAAGAUUUUUUGAAAACGCCAAUAAGAGGAAAAGUAAUCAAAAAAAUCAUCCUCCCGCCUCUAAACCCCAAUUUUAAAUAUGAAAGUUAUAAGAUCAUGCCAAGAGCCCAAAACGCCCAUGCUUUAGUCAAUGCCGGCUUUUUACUCGAACUAAAUGACAAUAAAAUUGUGCAGUCUGCUCGAAUCAUUUUUGGUUCAAUAAACCCUUCAUUUGUUCACGCAACAAAAACAGAAGAAUUUCUAAAAGGCAAAAAUCUCUUUGAUAAUAGAACUUUGCAAUCAUCUUUUGAAAUUAUGGGCAAGGAACUCGUCCCUGACAUUAUUCCUGGAAAGCCAUCGCCACAUUUCCGAAAACAACUCGCAAUUUCUCUAUUUUACAAAUACGUUUUGUCCAUAGCUCCGAAAAAUUUGAUCAGUCGCCAAAAUCAAAGUGGGGCUACUUUACUUGAGAGAAGAUUAACUUCAAGUAGUCACAUUUACGAAAGUGACAAGUCUAAGUACCCUUUGACUCGAUCAAUGAGAAAAAGAGAAGCACUUGCGCAAGCUUCGGGGCAAGCCGAGUAUAUCAUGGACAUGCCAGAUAGACCAAGCCAACUUUUUGGGGCCUUUGUUUUAGCUAAAGUGCGAGCAUUAUCGACGAUACGCAAAAUUGACACCAGUGACGCAAUGAAGCUAGAAGGAGUUGUUGCUUUUUUCUCAAGUGAUGACAUCCCCGGACGUAAUAAUUUCACUCCAAAAGAAACAAAUUCGUUAUUUUUCUCAGUCGAUGAAGAAAUUUUUUGUAGCGGAGUUGUCCAAUAUUACAAUCAACCGAUCGGUCUUGUGGUUGCUACUAGUCAAGAAUUGGCCGAAAAAGGUGCAAGUUUGAUAAGAGUGGCUUAUAGUCCGGGAAAGCAACCACUCUUGACUAUUCAAGACGUGGUAAAAGCCGAAAAGGCAAAUUUGGAUACUGAAAUCAAGCCAAAAAGUCGAGGCAAGAAUGUUAGACAUGUUAUAAAAGGACAGUCGGAGUUGUCUUCUCAAUACCACUACCAUAUGGAAACUCAAUGUUGCAAUGUUGUACCAACGGAAGAUGGGCUUGACAUGUACCCAUCUAGCCAAUGGCUCGACUUAUCACAAACUUCCGCAGCUACCACCCUCAAUAUUCCAAUAAAUAAGAUCAACGUCGCGAUUCGCCGAUUGGGUGGUGCUUUUGGUGCUAAAAUCUCGAGAAAUGCUUUGGUUUCCUCAGCUGCUGCUCUUGCAGCGUACAAAUUGAAUCGUCCAGUCAAAGUUUGGGUACCUUUUGAGACCAACAUGGAAAUGGUUGGUAAAAGGUACCCCAUGUUGUGGAAUUACGAAAUGGGGGUCGAUGAUAACGGCACAAUCCAGUAUUUGGACAUCACUUUUUACUCCGAUUAUGGUGUUGGAGGCAACGAGCCUAACAUUCCGUACGUUUUAGAUGCAGUUUUAGGGGCUUAUAAAACCGAUUUUUGGCACGUUAAAGCCUACAGUGUUAAUACUAACAACCCUGCAAGUUGCUAUAUUCGAGCCCCUGGCACUUGUGAGGGGCUUGCUGUAAUUGAAUCAAUAAUGGAACAUGCCGCAAUGACCCUUGAUAAAGACCCUACCGAAUUCAGACUUAAAAAUUUGAACAAGCAACACGAUUUACUUGCACAGUUUGUGAAAGAACUGUACAAAUGGGCUGAUAUUGAUGAGCGGAAGAGUCAAAUUAAAAGAUUCAAUGAGGAGAAUAGAUGGAGAAAGAAAGGAUUGGCGGUUGUACCAAUGGUUUAUCAUUUCCAUCUUUUUGGCAAUUAUGAGGUCAUUGUUUCCGUCUAUAAAUCGGAUGGGAGUGUUGCUAUAGCGCACGGAGGAGUCGAAAUGGGGCAAGGUAUCAACACUAAGGUCAUCCAAGUUUGUGCAUACAAAUUGAAAAUUCCAGUUGAAAAAAUUUCAGUCAAGCCCAGUAAUAAUUUAAUUGCGCCUAAUGCCCAUAUGGUUGGUGGUAGCUUAACAUCAGAAACAGUUUGUCACGGUGUGAUUAAAGCUUGUGACAUUCUGUUGCAACGUAUGGAACCGAUCAAAAAACAACUCGCUAAUGGUAGUUGGGAGGAAAUUGUCCAGGAAUGUUAUAAUAAAUACAUUAACUUGUCGGCUUCUUCAAUGGGAAGCCCAUCCGAAUUAAAAAAUUACACCAUUUAUGGUGUUUGUUCUUCCGAAAUAGAACUAGACGUUUUAACUGGUCAAUAUGUCGUACAAAGGGUUGAUUUACUUGAAGAUGCCGGCACUAGCAUGAAUGCUGGUAUUGAUAUGGGCCAAGUCGAAGGCGCUUUUGUAAUGGGCAUGGGUUAUUUUACGUCGGAAAAAAUUAUUUAUAGCGAAAACGGCGAACUGUUGACUAACCGUACUUGGAAUUAUAAACCACCUGGUGCUAAAGAUAUUCCAGUUGAUUUUAGGAUCAAAUUUCCCAGUGAUACGCCUAAUGACGUUGGAGUUCUCAAUUCUAAAGCUGUUGGAGAACCACCGUUAUGUUUGGCGUGUUCAGUCCCUUUGGCAAUACGGAAUGCUGUUGCAAGUGUCAGAAAUGAAACGAAAACUUCACACGGCAAGUGGUAUCCUUUUUCCGGACCCUCAACUGUAGAAGACGUUUUUACCAAUUGCAUCCAUGAUUUUAACCAAUAUGUAUUAUAAAAAAUUGUAAUGUAACAGGGUUGGGAAAAUAAUAAAUGAAUG